AUGGUCAGGACCACUGCAGUAGAUAAAAAUGGAUUGAAGAAGGGUUCAUGGAAUAAAGAAGAAGAUGACAAGUUGAGAGAUUAUAUUCAGAAAUAUGGCCACUGGAACUGGCGUGAACUUCCCAAGUAUGCUGGUAGGGAACCUUACUGCCUGUCAAGGUGUGGCAAGAGCUGCAGAUUACGGUGGGUUAACUACCUCCGGCCUGGUGUAAAACAUGGGAACUUCUCCAAGGAAGAAGAUGAUUUGAUCAUUCAACUGCAUCAAGAACUUGGAAAUAAAUGGUCCAGAAUUGCCACGAAAUUACCAGGAAGAACUGACAAUGACAUUAAAAACCAUUGGCACACCCACUUAAAGAAGAGAGGGAAGCAAUCCCGGGCAUCAAAGGCUGAGGUGGAAGCGCAAUCUACCGAAACCCCAGAAAGCCUGACCAGUCCAAGCAAAAAGUUAGAAGCAGCAGAUCAAAGUGAUGUUGUUAAUAAAACUCCAUCUCUUCCAACAAUAUUGGAGAGCUUUCCUUUGUCCAAAGAAAGCUCUUAUCGUUCUUCUGCAUCGGCCGGCCUGAAUUUUUUUGCAGAAGAUAGCCUCACCUCAAUGGAAAUAUUUGGAGAAUCAGGUGAAGAUUUCUGGACUCGACCAUUUGUAGCAGAUAAUGCCUACGACCAAGAUGAUUAUAUUUCAUCCUAUACUCUAUACUAUGAUGACAAUUUGGAUUUCUUCUACCAAGUGCUGCAAGAACUGCCAGAUAACUACAUGUAAACAGAACUACUGCCGAUGUCGAAAUUGGAUGAGUGACCGUGUUUGAAGAAACCAAAAAACUACAUAUAUGUUCUACUUAUGCAAGAGAGAAUAAAAUUGGACUCGGCUACAGGUGGUGUAUUCUAAGGAUCUAUGACUACGUGUGAGUAGCUUUCCAUUAUACACUUCUUGAAGCUAGGUUUUGUAUGAUAAGAAUAUGUGAAAUA